AUCUCCGAUUCUCCAGUACCAAACCACCUUAAAUGAAGAGAUGCACCUAAUCCAUCCCAUCAACUCCAUAAUCGAACACUUUAGGAUUAUCAUUGCUACUUAAUCCUCCAUAUUCAUAUGUAUAUAUUCCCAACCUUUUCCUACAACUCAUCACAACAACACCAUCAAAUUCCCCUUACUAGUUACCACAAUCAUGGCAUUUCAACUCAAAACCACCAUCUCCCUUCUCAUUCUCGCCCUCGCGAUCUCCUCCGCCCGUAUCCUCGACGAGGAGGUCGCCGCAGUCCCUGCAGCAGCCGGCGCCGCCACAACUCCCGGCAUAGGGCCAGACGAGCACCCCCUGACCUUCUUCAUGCACGACAUACUUGGCGGCAGCCGCCCCUCGGCAAUCGCGGUGACCGGCAUCGUAGCGAACCCGGCCGUGGGCGGGCAGGUCCCCUUCGCAAAGCCUAACGGCGCGGUCCUCCCCGUGAACAACGGCGUCCCCACCAACAACGCCAACGGCGGCAUCCUCAACAACAACAACGUCCCAUUCCUCACCGGCCUCAGCGGCUUCACCUCCAACAUCGGCAGCAACAGCAACAACAAUAACAUCAUCGGGGGAAUGCCAGGGUUCCCCGUGCUGAACAGCGCGCAGUUCCCGUCGGGCAGCACGCUGCAGAAGCUGAUGUUCGGCACGAUGACCUUGUUCGACGACGAGGUGACGGAGGGCCACGAGCUCGGGUCGGGGCUGGUCGGGAAGGCGCAGGGAUUCUACAUCUACAGCUCCGUCGACGGAAACAGCCAGACCAUGGCCUUCACGGUCAUGUUCGCCGCUGGAGGAUACGCUGACAGCAUCACCUUCUUCGGGGUCCACCGGACAGCUGUGGCGGAGUCGCAUCUCGCAAUCAUGGGCGGCACUGGGAAGCAUGUCAACGCCAAGGGGUUCGCCACCGUCAAGACCUUUCCCGGCGGCCAGCACGAGACCGAUGGGAUGGAGACGCUGCUUCAGAUCACUGUUUAUCUCGCUUACUGAUUACUUUCUCGAUUUUUCUUUCUUUCAUUGUUGUGAUUUGCUUGAAAUUUUAUUGGAUUUUCUUACUCGUCUAAAAUUUUAAUUCCCAACUACACCUCUUACCUUAUUUAUUACAGUCUCAUGAUGUACAUUAGCCUUUGAUUUAUAUCCUGCGUCCGGUGAGUUAGAA